AUUCGAAAGAGGCGAUGUUGACUGGAGGAGCAGUACAGGUAUAUUUCUUCUUUCAAUUUUUGACUUUUUCCUCAUUUUCCCGUCGUUUCAUGUCGAAGCUUCUUAAUACUGUCAAGUUUUCCCGCGAAAAAUUCGGUCUUCGGAUAUAAUAAACACUGUAUGAAAGAAUUUAAGGUCAGAAUUAACUCAUAAUGCUUCUACUUUGAUGUUGUUUUUACAGGAUAUCUUAAUCCGGCCCUCUGAAGAACAUCCUCAAGGGCCAGUUUUUCAAAUCUUGGUAAGUUCUUCAUAAUAGGUUCCGCUCAACCGUCUAGAUCAGACAAUCCUCUGCAAAAUAAAUCAGCGAACAAAUGUGCACGAGGAACUUUGGCAGUCGAAAAAUGUUUGAAAAUAAACACAAAUAUAUCGGCUUGAGGCUGGAAUUCACCAGUGAUGGAAUAAGUGUUAGACUCUUAACGUUAAUCCGAACUGCAGUGCGUAAUGAUUUACUGACAACAGUGCUCUGACCCCAUUUAUGACUCUGCUGCCGUAACCUAUGGGGGAAGCCAGGCUGUUGCAGCUGUAAGCAGAAGUGGAAGAAUUAAGCCAAUCACAGCACUAGCCUGUGAAUACAGCCUUCUAAAUUUCUUGCUCCUUGCUGCUAGACAUGUUUUGUGGAAGAGAUGUCUGUGAUUUGCCCUGGCGGCAAGGAGCUAGUAGAGACUGCUUUAUUCACACCUAUUAUAGCACAUGGGAACAAACACUAUUGUUGUUUUUUUAUUCUUUCGAUCCUGUUUCUGAGCCCGUAUUCGGUCGAAUUCCCAAAGAAGGUCACAUUACUGAUUUACAGCAAAGCAGAAAGUACAGUACGACCUGCAAUGUUGCGUUACUAUACAACUCAGUUGGUUAUUGACUUUGUUUCAUUUCAUUACAACAUGAUAUUUAAUUUAUUGCGGCGUUCUUUCUCUUAGAAGGGUUUAGUGCAAAGCAGCAAAAAAUGCCAAGGAAAAAAGGAAUCAUGGCAGUGUUGUAGAGCAUUAAGCAACAACUGUAUGUAACAUAAAAUGACCGGUCAAGUCCGCAAUCAGGCCAGACAUUGUCCGUUGACCAGCCGUUAUUUUCAGCCCUGGCUGUUGAACAGGUAUUCAAACUUCAGGAAAUGAAAUAGACUUGCAAAAAAAUUUAUUUGGUUUAAAAAAGAACAAAAUCUGCAAACGUUUGUUUUGUGUCCCAUAUCUGCAUUGAUGUUUAGAAAUGAACGUCGGUGAAAUUUGAUUUAUUUCGUUGCCUAGCACAUGAUCGAAAGUCUCCUCCAAAAAAGAAGAAACUGAUCUUUAAUAUUUUUGGGAAAAGUUGAUUCGAUGUUCGACAAACAGUUUUACUUCAUCAGUACUUUAUUAGAAGUCAGUAAAAUACAGCAAAGCUUUUAUUUGUAUUGGCAUGCAACGCUUUAUUGAGAUGGGCUCAAAUGUCAACAGAAAUUUGCAUUAAGUUCUUUACAAGAAGCUUGAGAAAUAUGCGCCGAGAUAGAUGACGUUAUAAAGCUUAACUUUAACUUAUCAGACUAAUCUGCAAUCAAGUCCGUAAUUGAGAUCCAUGUUUGACAUAAAGAAAUUAUUAUUAAUUGCUGUGAAAAUUUAUUCCUGGAGAAACAAAGGACCUGUUGAGAAUUGCGAUCGAUUUUCCCGAAGGUCAAUAAGACCAGAUAAGACUUCUAUUGAAUUUACCAGUGGUGAUUUUCACAAUGCUGUUACAAAUAAAGGUCAAAUGUUAGAUGGAGCAAUGGUUAGCUGUUUACAAUCAACGGUUAGAUUGUAAGAACAGUCCGUUAGAACAAAUCGUUAGAAUGUAAUGGACAAACUAUUAGAGCAUGCAGGCAAACUGUUGGAGUGUUAGGGCAAACCAUUAGCUAUCUGUCAAUUUUCUAAUGGCUAAAGGAUUACAGUUAGUGUUCGUUUUCCCAAAUAAGGUCACAUUUAAAGUGUCUUAGGUUUGGUGUUUCUUAUUAAACAUACAUUUCAAUUUGCAUUCAAUCAAAUAAGUAGACAGCAAGAAUUACUACAGCCUUUUAUUUGUGACCAGUAUUAUUAGCAUUAUUUGCAGUAAAUAUCUGUAAAAUGAAUUGAAACCUGGAAAGCUAAGAUCUCUUAAAACUUGUAAAUUUUACUGAAUUAUGACACUUACCUCUGAAGGAAACAAGAAAGUAACUAUGUUCACCAGUGUAUAUUACAGACAACUACAUUUAAGAUUAUCAUGUUGUUUCCUGUAGGGAAUAAAAAAGAUCCAGACAAAAAGCAAUGAAGGAUCAGGGAGUGACCGUUACAGGUAAAUAAAUAAUAAUUGCUGCACUAGCUGUCUGUACAUUUUUGUGUUAAAUACUUUGUUUUAUAUACAGUUUUAUAAAAUGUCCCUCCUCCAAAAAAGGUUCUCUUUUUAUUUUCUGAAGCGGGAAGACUAAGAAAAAAAGCUUUAAAUGAGGCAAAUGGCAAAGGGUUUUCAACAUUGUCCAGAUAAAGUAUUAUAAUGUUGUGACAACUUUCUGCAGACGAGAGGAUUUGUUAAGAUUAUUUGACUGUAUAGAAACACAACCGCUGUGAGUGAUCUCCCAAGAGGAAAGUCAAAGAAAUGAAAGAUAUCAGGUAGAGCAGAGAAAACAGGGUUAAUGAUAUUACUGCUCACCCACUCGUCAGUGUGAGUGAGACCUGUUGGGCAGAUGGAAAUAUUUGUAGAUUACUCCCCAUGGUUUUGUGAGGGAAAUUUUCAUCUUCAGGAAAGCUGUAACUGCUUUUCCUGAUCUCUUUUGUUUCUUUGAAUUUCUCACUGGUAGAUUGCUCACAGCUCUUAUAAAACCUUGCUAGGGACAAUGAUGACUCAAUAUCAUUUCACUCCAUUUCAGCCAAAUUGGAAAUACGUUCAGCAUUCCCAGAAAAUUCUUGAAAGACAUCACUCAUGAGAGAACAUGAUGAGAGAACCUUCUUUGGCCAUAUCUGUAACUUAGCUCUAAGAUUAAUGGCAAGUUUACGUGUGUUUAUCAUGCAGGCUUGUGCUUUCAGAUGGGAUUCAUCUUCAUACCUGUAAGUAUUUUGUUAUUAGCUUCCGUUUUUGAUGGGGGCUUAAUACUUCAUAGGAUCGUUCAGAUCAUAAUUAAGCCAAGUAUUGCAACUGAAAGUUAUGCUUUUGUAUUAUUUCACACAGCGGCUAUGCUUGCAACGCAGCUCAAUCAUCUGGUCCUCUCCAAGGAAAUUGAAGUCAAAGCUGUCAUUAGACUGGACAAGUAUAUCUGUAAUAUUAUCCAAGAAACAAGGUAUUAAUCUUAGCUGUUGUGUCAUCAGUAACCUUCAUAGGUCCAUAAUUAACAACCCUCUACCAGGAAUACUCAAUUUAGCACCCUUCUGAAAUGAGUUCUUACCUUGUAAUGAGUACCCUCCUUCAGGCUAAAGAUGUUAAAGAAGUCUCCCUUGCCAAGAUGAAUUUCUUCAAAAAAGAGCCUCUGUCCCAACCCUCCUUAAGGAAUAUACGAUAACGAGUACAGAGAUAUCUCAAUAAAUUUAAACUGUAUCACAACAAGUAAAAUUACGAGGGAGGAGUUACACGUUUUGAGGACAUCAAACAGUUGCAUGUCAAAAAUAGAUCUUGGGACUCUGAGUAGAGUUAUUUUUUUCUUAAAAGUUUUGACCUAGAUGGUUAAGUAUUGAUGAUCACUUAAAACAGAAUGCUCUGGAGGUAUUUCACAUCUUGAGGGUGUAAAUUGGGUUAAGUGUUUUAUUUUUCUGUUUGUACCGGUAAGUCAUUGCAGUACUAUUUGUUCAAUGCACUUGGCCCCAUAACUAAAUAACUGAAAAAGAAUAAAUCAAAUAAUAAGCAUAAAUAGCAGGAUUAAGAAUCCCAACUGACUUGAGAUGAUCCAGUGAGCUAUUUACAAGUUUUCGAGAAUUUGAACUCAGGACUACUGUAAAACAAAUCCAGCUUAUUGUUAGAGUGAGACUUGAUCUGGGGACCUCAGACUGCAAGGUCAACACUCUUACAACUCAGCUUUGCCACCUUUUCUCGCCAACUGGAAAAAAGCAAUUGUUUUGCACCUUCAGUACAUGUUGAUGCUGAAGCAUGCCGAGCAUCAAGAAAUUAAGUUAAGAAAUUGAAAUUAGUACAAAAUAAGCCAUUGUUUGCAAACUCAAUCUCAUCUCAAUUUGCCCUCUGUUCCCUUUGAAUCAACUUCAAACUCAACUGAAGCUUGUAAGUCAGUAAACAGCCAAUCUCUGACUUUCAAAAUACUUAGUUAUUCUCAUGUUAUUUUUCUUCCUUCACAGAAAGGUGCUUAUUGUGAUGGAAUUAACUGUGCUUCAGCCUGCGAAUGAAGUGAUGGGUAAGAUCGGUGAUCCUAAGCCCUUUAAUACAGAUUCUGCACAACAGCAGCCUCAACAGAAUGGCAGUGGGCCCCAGCAUAACAUCUCAGGUAGGUUUACAAUAAUUAUUGUAAUAACAACUCAGUUAUGCCUGUUGGUUUGAUGAUGUCAGAAAUGCUUUAAUUCGUUAUGUGCGGUGGGUUGCUUCCAUGAUAUUGACUGAAAAAGAUCCAAGUAAUAUUUCUGAGAAUUAAAGCAAUAACUUACUUGUAAUAGGGAUAUUUUGCAGUGAAACAUUUACUACAAACAGUUACCUUUCCUGGUUGUCAAUACUUAAUCCCAGCAGAUACACAUAUUUAGUAAAAUCCAGCUAGUGGUAUAUUAUCAAUGUGGCAUUCUGAUUGGUUGAGCUACUACUAGGCCAUAUGUUAUAGCCCACUGGUAAUGCUGGCAAAAAAGGAUUAAAGUCUAGCUUUAACUAGCUGAAAUUUUUUAUUCUCGAUAUCUUUGACCAACUAGGUGGAUUUUACUAAAACAGUUAUUCCUCUCGCCUUCAUGGCCUCUAAGUCAAUAGCACAUUCGGCCUUUGUCCUCAUGGGCUAUUGACUCAGAGCCUAUUUGGGCUAAAGGAAUAAUUGUUAAAUAUUCACAUUUAUAUAAGGUCUGUACAUUAUUGCC